AUGGCCGAAAAGGAAUCGCGCGAUGAAGAAAUAUGCUUGAGGGGAACUCGGCUUGAUGGGGCACCAAAGCAUGAUUCAUUUUUUAAUAAGGAUGGGUUACUAUUAAGAAGUUACGCAUGGUUAGUAAAAAACGCCAUAGGCAUUAUAAUACUAAUUCAUGGAAUUAAAUGUCACGCGAGACUAAACUUUUUAAGACCCAAUGUAGAGGUAGUAAGCGACGAUAACGUUAUAGUGAAGGAUGAAAAUAAUUACUACCUUUAUGAAGAUAGCUGGGUAGAAUAUUUUAAUAAACAUGGGUAUUCCGUUUUUGGAUUAGAUUUACAAGGACACGGUUUAUCAGAUGGCUUUGAGAAGCUCAGCUAUAAUGUAAAAGAUUUUGACGAUUUCGCCUAUGAUGUAAUGCAAUAUAUUAGGAAUAUUCAGGAUAGCUUAAAUGGUUCUAAUGUUGAUGAUGGGGGAGAUAGUUUGUCAUUUCGAGAUGACAAGAUAUGUGGGAGGAAGCCUCUGCCCACUUACGUAGUCGGUUUAUCUAUGGGGGGAAGUGUCGCUUUAAGGAUGCUACAAAUAUUAGGAAAGUCACAAAUAGAAAAUACAGGACUAAACAUCAGCGGGUGCAUCUCCAUCUCUCCGAUGAUAACUGUUGAGAAGCUACCAUCCAAAAAUUCGUUUUUAUUUCAGUGCGUUUUACUCCCAUUGUCAAAGUUCAUUGCUGAUUGGUUUCCAAGGGUGAGACUUAUUAGCAAGUAUCCGUAUAAAAUGUAUCCUUAUGUUAAAUAUUUUAUUGAGUAUGAUAAAAAUCGACCUAAGGAGGCAGUCACGUGUAAAUUGGGCUAUGAGCUUUUGAGAACAAUCGACAACUUAGACAAUGACAUAAAACACAUGCCUAAAGACAUUCCUGUGCUGAUUAUUCAUUCUAAGAAGGACAUUUUGUGCUACUAUGACGGAUCCCUAUCGUUCUACAACCGACUCGAUGUAAACAAUAAAGAAAUGCACACAUUGGAUGAUAUGGAGCAUACCGUCAUUUGGGAGCCCGGAAAUGAGAAGGUUUCGAAGAAGAUCAUGGAUUGGAUUAUGGGUCUGUCGUCAGAAGUGGGCAGCACGUCGAAGGGGAGCAACGUGUCUGAGGUGAGCAGCGCAUCUAAGGUGAGCAGCGCAUCUGAGGUGAGCAGCGCAUCUGAGGUGAGCAGCGCAUCUGAGGUGAGCAACUCAUCUGAGGUGAGCAACUCAUCUGAGAUG